AAAUAAAUAAAAAAAUAAAACUCAAAAUGUCUGUUGACCAUUAAUCAAACGAUUCCAGCUGUCAUUUAUGCUUCAACUAGCAAGUGCCAGACCAUUUACAUACGUUAGCUCAUAUUAGGCACAUGGCUUCUCCAACGUUGGUAGUGUCACCACCACCUUGGAGACCAAGUCGCCCAAGCUUGUCAGCUCUGAUGUGGCCAUGCAUCGAGACCUGACCUUAGGCCUUCCCCAGGUCCCGAAUGUAGGGUUGAAGGUCCUGGCGACAGUGGAGAGCAAAGCGCCUUCGCAGAUCAAACGGGCGCGAUUACCUGCAAACGCAGGUGGAGGCGCGGUCCUCUUAGAUCCUCCUCGGCACUAGACCACACGGCCCGGGGUCUCCCGUGGCCGGCAGGCCGCAGAAGCCGGGUCCCGAGCUCGCGUGUCCCGGAGCGCUGCGCACCACCCCCGGGGCCUUCAGGUUGUCACAGGCGGGGACGCGCAUCAGCCGGCGGGGACGCGCAGAGCGGAGAGGCCUGUGCGCCGGGCUGAGGGAGACAUGCGGCGGACGCGGAGCGCGGUGGCGACCGAGCCGCGGGAGCAGCGGCGCUCCGGUGCCUCCGGGGGCCUGGCCGGCGGCGAAAGCCGCGCGCGGCGCGCGGCGGGCAAGGCGAAGGCCGGGGGCGGGGGCGGGGCGGCCGGUUCGCAGCCGUCGGCAAAGCCGCGGCCCAAGCCGCCGCCGCGGGCCCAGGAGGCGGCCGCCGAGGAGCCGCCGCCGCCGGCGGACACCCCCGCCGCCUCGGUGUCUGCGCUCGACCUGGGGGAGCAGCGGGAGCGCUGGGAGACGUUCCAGAAGCGGCAACGGCUCAGCUUCGAGGGCGCCGCCAAGCUGCUGCUGGACACCUUUGAGUACCAGGGCCUGGUGAAGCACACGGGAGGCUGCCACUGUGGAGCGGUCCGUUUUGAAGUUUGGGCUUCAGCAGACUUACACAUCUUCGACUGCAACUGUAGCAUUUGCAAGAAGAAGCAGAAUAGACACUUCAUUGUUCCAGCUUCUCGCUUCAAACUCCUGAAGGGCGCUGAGAGCAUAACCACAUACACGUUCAACACGCACAAAGCCCAGCACACCUUCUGUAAGAGAUGUGGUGUCCAGAGCUUCUACACUCCGCGUUCCAACCCUGGAGGCUUUGGAAUCGCCCCCCACUGCCUGGAUGAAGGCACUGUUCGGAGUGUGGUCACUGAGGAAUUCAAUGGCAGUGACUGGGAGAGAGCCAUGAAGGAGCACAAGACCAUCAAGAACAUGUCUAAAGAGUGAGCUCCUGCUCCUCCUUCCAGAGACGGAGUGAGCAGGGCAGCAGCCCUGUGGGUUGCGUGGGUGUGUGUCGCUGUGCAGACCUGGGCCGCCCUCUCCACUCCCAGUGUCCCUGCGGUUCGCUCCAGCCACCAUUUCUUUCGGCAGCUCUGCCCUUAGCCCGGAUUUCAUGUAAGACAGUUGACCUUCUCCCUUCACCAACUUUUGUGUGAUCUUUUAGAAAAUAAACAUUUCUGACAUUAAACGCUA